AUGGCCAGACCGCCAUGGCGUACUAUAGGAGCAUGUGGACUCCGAAAGACCUUGAGGCGGCAAAGGGCCUAUCCCAGAAGGAUGUGUUCAGCCGCUUUCCCCAAUCUGCUAUGGAGACAUUGUUCGGAAUGAUGGCUAUGCAGAAGCAGGUGGAGAUGGGGAACGCCAGGGCUCGUAAGUUUUCUGAUAGCCUGGAGGUGGCUAAUAAAGAAAACGACCUUCUCGCCAUGAAGAAUACCGAGGUACUGGCUCGGCUUGAAAAAACUGAACAAGAGAGAGAUGUCCUGAAGAAGGAGAAUGACUCUCUUCAGGAUGAGAAGGAUGCCCUCCAGCUUGAAAAGAGCGUCUGGCAGACUGAGCGUGACUCAAUCAGAAACGAAAAGUGUACUGUAGCGAAGCAAAAGCAGUAA